GAUUCUUCCGGAUUUCGUGUUGUCAGGCGAGUGAACCGUCGCCAGGUGUGGGGACUGGUAUAUGAAAUCCAUACUACAACCUUUCCAACCAGAGGGGUUUUUUGUAAUAGUUGUAAUCACCCGGAUGUAGGUAUAGAAUAGUUGCUUUAAGUAGCAACACGGCGUCAUUAGUUGAACAUGUGUAAGUUUGCAGAGGGCAGAAUGUGGGCAUUUUUCUGGGUUAUCUUGGAAGUAUGUUGGGUGAUCGCAUCGGCUGCCCAGGGUGCAACUUCGCCUCUCUCAGAUGACAUCCCCUUCAGGAUUACCUGGUCUGGAUCAGAAUUCACAAUUCCAAAAACUGGUGUCCUGUACAGAGAGGAAGACUACGUUAUCAUGACAACGACUGAUAAAGAAAAGUAUAAGUGCAUGCUUCCUUCACUGGCAAGUGGAGAUGAGGAUGAUGAUAAGAAUUACAGCGGCCCAAACCCUGCAGCUCUCCUAGAGCCUUUGUUUAAACAAAGCAGCUGCUCGUACAGAAUUGAAUCUUACUGGACAUAUGAAGUGUGCCAUGGGAAGCAUGUUCGCCAGUAUCAUGAAGAGAAGGAGACCGGGCAGAAAAUAAAUAUUCAAGAAUAUUACCUUGGAAGUAUGAUUAAGAAGAGUGAACCAGCCACAGCAGAAACAGAACCUGAAAAAACAGAAGAAAGUGAAAAAGUAAUUCCUACCAAAAAUGUCGAAGGCCAGAUGACUCCAUAUUACCCCUUGGAGAUGGGAAAUGGUACACCCUGCACGCUGAAACAACAUCACCCCCGAUCAAGCACAGUAAUGUACGUCUGCCACCCUGACGCUAAACACGAGAUCCUCUCCAUAGCUGAAAUCACCACCUGUGAAUAUGAAGUUGUGGUGCUCACCCCACUGUUAUGCAGCCAUCCUAAAUACAGAUUUAAAUCUUCUCCUGUGAAUGACAUCUUCUGCCAGUCACUCCAGGGAUCCCCACUGAGGCCACAGAGCCUGACCCAGUUAGACAGAGAGCAACAGGAUCUGAUGAAACCAGCCUUCAUCAGCAGGGACAAAGAGGAAGAGACCUCCUCAACAAGAGAAGAACAAUUCAGUGCCACCCACAAGCCCAUCAGUGUCGGAGGCCAGCAGCAGGUAGCUGUCGGAACCACGCACAUCUCCAAACUGACUGACGAGCAGCUCGUUAAGGAGUUUCUCAGCGGGUCCUACUGUCUGCACGGGGGUGUGGGAUGGUGGAAGUAUGAAUUCUGUUAUGGAAAGCAUGUGCACCAGUACCAUGAGGACAAAGAGUCUGGAAAGACCAUUUUAGUUGUGGGCACGUGGAAUCAGGAAGACCAUUUAGGAUGGGCAAAGAAAAACGUAGCUCGAUCCUACCAGCUAAAAGAUGAUGAUGUGCAGAAAGUAAAGGUCGUCUCGCAUUUCUAUGGCCAUGGAGAUGUUUGUGAUUUAACAGGGAAACCCAGAGAAGUGAUCGUUAAACUUAAAUGCAAAGAGUCUGAAUCCCCCCAUUCUGUCACUAUUUACAUGCUUGAACCACAAGCCUGUCAAUACAUCCUUGGGGUGGAGUCCCCAGUUAUCUGUAAAAUUUUAGACUCAGCAGAUGAAAGUGGAAUGUUGUCAGUACCCAUUUAAAACAGUCCCCCAUGUCGCAUUCACAGAGAAUGCUGAGGGAAUCAACCCUUUGUUUUUGUUGAAUUUAAUGCCUUCAGUCCCUACUAUUUUAAAAAGGAAAAACACAAGUUUCAAGAGAGUAACUCCCCACCCCCCAAAAAAACAAAAACUGCACAGGUAAUAUGUUUGAAAGAUUGUGUGUAUAUACUAUAAUAGUGUAAAUAAAUUAUACAAACUUAUUUUGGAAGCAUAAACAUGGUUGUUUUAUAUUUUGAUUGAAUUAAAUAUACUGUAUAAGUAAUUCAUUUAUUGAAAGAUCUGAACAGCUUUGGGACAGAUAGUAAUGCUGCAUUUUUAAUACCACUAGUAGUUCUAGCAUUAAAAAAGUUAAUGUAAACUUCUCCCUUCUUGGACGAAGGAUGACAAGUUGAAUAUAUGUUGUUCAUAUGUUAUGUUUGUGAUGUUAAAGAUUGCUUCUGUGGACUUCUAAGCCACAACACAUUUGAGGUGCCUGUCUGAAUACAGAGCUAACACCAGUGGUUACUUCUCAACAGCCAUGUGUUUUUCUGUAUUACCAAGGCUAUGUAGAACAUUGUCACUGUGUGGUUGAACACUGUAAGUUCAUAAACAACAGUCCAAGUUUCCCAUGUCACAUCACAUAAGAAAAACAUGAUAGUGGAAAAAACUUUUAAUUUGAAAGUUUUGCAAACACUGAAUAAAAUCCCUGAAAUGAAUUCUUCUGUACUGUUGUCUAGCCUACAGCUAAUGGUAUUUCUUUUAAACUGGGCUUUUUAUAAGUCAUAAGUUAUAAGUUUAUAAACUAAGUUAUAAGUUAUUUUGUAUAAGACACUUCCAGAAUGCUAGAACACAUUGUAUACUGGCUGAGUCUUUGUGGGCAGACUCAUUUAAAUUAGUCCCUCAAAUGGACUGCUUGCCGUAUAAAUAAACAUGCUUUGGAUUUGAAAA